GAUACGGACGGACGGACACAAUAUUGUGUCAUGUGAUCAUCAUUUUGUAAAAUAUGUUAAAGUGUAACAACUCUUAAAGUGUUUAUUAAUAUAUUUUUAUUCCCGUGUUGUUAGUUAUUGUGAUUUAAUUUACUGAAAAAAGAACACAUUGGAUUGGACUUUAAACAAGGUUUAUCCUAAUCUCUGAAAGAUAGAUCUUCUUGUGAGAAAAGAAGAUGCGUACAACCUUAUUGUCUGUGUUAUCAAUUAUCGUAUAUGUUAACCCAGUGCAUUCUGAUAUAGACUAUACCGUGUGUAACCCGCUGAAUGCAACAGUCGUUCCCCCGCCACCACCGGAACUCGCUAAGUCAUAUUCUACACGAGUGGAAUGGAAAUGGUUGAAUACAAAUACCACAGUGGAUAUCACGGAAAUAUACAACGGAAUCACGCAAAUGGGUAGUCAAGACAUGUAUAUUGAGGGUCAAGAUGUCAAAGUGAUAUAUGAUUAUAAGGAAAAUCAGUAUAUAACAUAUACACAACGUGAUGGCUGUGUCGUCAAGGGCCUUGGUACGCUCGCAUUCUACGAUAACAAAAUCUGGCUGACAGCAUUCAAACUCCUGUAUAAUAUUGCUAGAAGAGCUGAUGUGGCGUAUGCAGGACAAGCCUAUGUAAGAUCAACACUGACAGAAAAGUUUCGGACCUGUCUUUUUCUGUACCAGUUUAACAUCACCGUAGAGUUUGAUAUGUAUUUUUCAGCUUUUGGAUGGGGAAUGGCUCUCUCGCGACCUGACGAAAUGGUUCCUGUUAGAUUAGAGAUGAGAGGGAGUGUCACACACAAUAAUACUAAAGCUGGUGUUGUCCCAUUCCAUGUGGUUGGCGAUUUUAUUGAGUUUAAUCCGAAGCCGGUAGCAGAUGAGGCAAAAAUGCAGGUUCCACCUGGAAUCUUUUGCUCCGGACGUUUUUCCAGGAAACCCAUGAACAUUUUACCUACAAGUUUUAGUCUUGUCUACGAGAAAAUAGAUUUGGAUUAUUCGAAAAUAACCUAUGAAUCUAUAUGGUUUGAUUCGAAUAAAAAACUAGUGCGUCGAGAUUACAAAGAAGCAAGUGGUAAUGACCCUGACCCAACCUCAGAAAUAUUUGAUUUCAAUCUAGGUAUACAUUAUUCGAUUGAUUCUUAUAUGGGAAGCUGUGAACCCAUCUCCCCACUUGAUCUGGGUGAUUUGUUUGUCGCCAACAACGGAAACUCUACCAUACGGAUGAUGUCAGCUGACGAAUUUUUCCAUUCGCAAAAUGCUGAAAUUCAAUAUGUUGGAACAAGGUUAUCCAGGGGAGUGACGUGCGACGUAUGGGCGGGGCUUUAUUUGGACGUAGAAGCCAAUAGAAAUUUUACAAUAGAAUGGUAUUUUACACAGGAUCACUGGCUUGAAGCUGUUGGAGGCAUUAUACAGCCGGCAUCGCUGUUCAGAAUAGAUAUCUGGCAGGGAGGAUUGGACAAACCCAUAGUUUACAAUGUGCUGAAAUUUAACAGCGAACCACCAACCCAAGACGUAUUUGAUGUUGGACAAUGCUUUGUAGCUUCGCACAAGACGAGGCUCUUGGUUCAUUUUGCAGUGGUAAAUAAUGGAAGCCUGGACACAGUUAGCCACAGUUAUUUGAAGGAGACGUUGCAUAUACGGCUUGUUACAGCAGCUUUUCUUCCACCAUUAAGAUUGUCAAAAGUGUCUAUUGAGUUUGUGGGUAUGACUGACGUGUAUGUAGAUACGAUUUUGUUGGAUAACACUCCACUCAUAAACACCAAGAUCGUCCCUCUACCAAAGUCACAACAUUCGAUGGAGGCUGCUUACGAAUUUCUUAAAGGUCAGAUUGGCGGAAGGUUACAGAUAAGAAUAAAUAGUACCACGCAUAGGAAAGGUGUUGUAUUAGAAAGUAGAGGCAUUCUGAAAAUUGACUACUCACAAGAGUUCACAACAACAACUACUUCGUUGACCACAACAACAACCGAAGCGACACCUCCAUUACCGGAAAUACCUAGCACACUGAAGCCAUUAGUCCCUACAAAAUACAACACACCAGAAACUCUACCAACAAGCGCACCAUGCACGUGUCCGCCAGUAACGUGCCCAGCAGUAUCAUCUACUCCGUGCCCAACUCUUCGUCAAAUCACACAAAAGCGAUGUCCGGAAGUUACAUGCCCACCUUUAACUUGUCCAUCAUGUCCAGUCCAAACGAGAUGCCCAACUAUUUCGUGUCCAACGGUUCCACCUUGUACACCUACACCUUGUUCAAAGUCUCCCUUGCCAACUCCUUGUCCUACAGUCGCACAAAUACCAUGCUCAAAUAAAACGUGUCCGUCGCCUACAUCAUGUCCUAAACUGACAUGCCCAAAGACAACAUGUCCGAAGGUGACAUGUCCAGUAGUUAAGCCAUGUAAACCAACGCCAUGUUCUACGCAGCAAAAGCCUUCACCAUGCCCUACGCAACAGGUAACUACUCCAUGUCCGAAUUCGCCAGGAAAUAUCGGUCAUCAAAAACAAAGCAAUCAAAAUAAUGACAACAGCUCGGGAAUGGAAGGAGGUGCAGUUGCUGGAAUUGCAUUAGUGAUGCUUGCAGUUGGAAUUGCUCUGGGAUUUAUUGCCGUUCUUGUUUAUAGAAAAUAUAGAACUGUUGCACCUGACAAAAGAAACAUUCUAGACAAGUAUCUUGACACCGAUGAAAGAUACUGAUUUGUGUGAUGUGUAAAAUUUCAUCAAAAUGCAACGACCUUGAUAAAGAUGCAAAUUUACUCAAAGACCCUUCAGAACUUUAAUAGCAUUGUAUUUGUUGCACGUCCAAAUGACUUCGUUGUGUUUGAAGUAUAUACGUAAUGACCAGUUUCAAGAUCUGUAAAGUAAUCCUCCGAGACAUUUCCUUUACUUUUUAUGCUAUUGUUAAGGUUGAAGUGCCUGUUAUUUAUGAUUUCAGAUUAUGUUUAAGCUUAUUGUUAUACCAUUGUUCAUGGUACGUUUGACAAUCCGUAUGCACAGAUAAUAAAACGAAUUUAAAUACUUACGACAUUGUUUCUUGAUACAAAUAUGCAUAAUGUAGUUUCUCAAUAAACUGUAACGUAUUUCUUUA